GCUGCUCUCCAUUCGCAGCCAGACCGCAUGGACACUCACACGCGCUCAGUACAGGAGCGGGCAGCCUAAAAAGCGUAUAGGGGCUUUGUCGUGUUUACCUCCCAUACACCAGCUUUAAAUACGGAUGAAAUUAUGUAUUUGUGCCACCAUCCGAGGACAACAAUGAGACAUCUUGGAUGAGCAUUGGUCACCCAGGAGCUCUGAAGUAAGAGUUGCUGUCAUGGUUGUCAUUACCCAUCCGUCAUUUUUCUUUGUUCUCGCACUUUUGUCGGGACUGACAUGGGCAUCAAACACGCCUUCAGGAUUGCCUCAGAAGAGAGUGGGAAUCACUGCCCAAUGGUAGGAUAGGGGUCAUAUUCUCAUAGUGACUGGCUUUCCCAUGAAGAAUGUGUAUGUUUACACAAGAGUCCCAGAGGACAGUAUGUCCUUCCACUCUAAACGGAUAGGACCGCAACACCAAGUGACCACUAGAGGGCCCCAUUUCACCAGCUGCUUGUCCUGGGAACAGGAGACUUUCCGCUGCUGGUGGACUGCAGGAAAUUUGCAGAACCUCUCACAGGCUGGUGCCCUCAGGGUUUUCUUCCUCAAUGAAAAUGUGUCCCCUGGGGGCUGGGAUGAGUGUCCUCACUACAGCUCUGAGCCAAACCAGUGCUACUUCAGCUCACGUUACACGUCUGUGUGGACUCCAUACUGCUUGCAGCUGCUCUCGGCCUCCCUGAAUGUCACCUAUGAUGAGAUAUGCUUCAGUGUCGAGGACAUUGUCUUCCCUGAGCCCCCAGUGGGCCUGAACUGGACACUCCUGAACGUGAGUCGCUCCGGGCUCCACUUCGACAUCCUGCUUCGCUGGGUGCCUCCACUGUCCGCUGACGUGAGUGCAGGAUGGCUGAGCUUGGAGUACGUGGCACGGUACCGUGAGAGGGGCAGCCUGAGCUGGCACACGCUGGGCAUUGAUUCCAGGACCCAGAAAUCCAUUUAUGGACUGAGCACCGGCAGAGAAUAUGAGGUACAAGUCAGGUGCAGGAUGGUGGCAUCUGAGAACUUUGGGGAAUACAGCAACAUCACGCUGGUCACUCAGAGCCCGUCCAAAGAAUCAGGAUUUGUUCUGGGUGUGCUGCUGAUCUUCGGAGCUGCAGGAGUCAGCACCAUACUUCUGCUGAUUGUCUUAUCCCAACACCAGAGGUUGGCAGUGUUGUUCUUACCCCCAAUUCCAAGCCCCAGGAUCAAAGGGGUCGAUCCAGACCUGCUGAAGAAUGGCAAAAUGGAUGAAGUCAACUCCAUUCUACACAUUCACCCCCACAAAGCGAACGUCUGCAAUGAAGAUUUGUUAAUCGAUUUCCUCAAGCUGGACCUGGAGGAACCAAACCACGGAGCAGAGAACAUGGACCUGAAAUGCCUUCUGGACCCAGGCAAACCUGCUGCCCCGUGCUGGAAAGACGAUUUGACCCAAGAGAGAAGUUACAGCUCAGAGCAGCUGAGGGCCCAAGCUGCACUCCCCAGUACAGCAGCUCCGCAGCCACUGUCUCUCUCCUCCUCCUGCCAGUUGAGCACAGCCUCCAGCAGGCCACUGCUUGCUAAGCAGUGCUGUACCCCAUGCAGUGGCACAAUGGCCUUCUAUAGCCAGGUGGGCGAGGUCACCUCUAUAGGUGGAGUCAUGCUGUCCGCUGGGCGAGAGAGUAAAGCGGAAAAGGAGAUGAGGGGCACACAGCCUGAGGCUGCGGACAGCAGCACCUACACCUCAGAGGAGUGUGCUAGACACAUUAGCGCUGACUCCUCUACAGAGGGCUGCAAACCAUCAGCCAAAGCCCCAAGGCUGCUAGAGGGAGGUGUGCCCUUAUUUCAGCCUGGCUCCAGCCUGCCUACGCCCCCAGUCUCUGGCUACAUGAUGCUGUAGGGCCAUAACCCUAACAUAACCCUAACAUAACCCUAACAUAACCCUAACAUAACCCCUGAUGUUCAUGCUAUUAUGCAUAAAAGGUCUCCAUAAGAGAUACUUCUUGUUCAGACAGAUAUUUUUGAGAAUCAUGUUUAUUUGAAUUGUACAUUAUCUAAAUUUAAAUAAUUAGGGCACUGGGGGUCUGUCACCUGCAAAUGAUGCUGAAUGACUUUCGGUUUACAGUAUAUACAUGCAUAUCAUUACAUACAUUGUUGGGGUUUUUUUCUACAAAUGGACAAUCUAAAAAUUUCGUGCUCCAGUUACAUGGGUCAGUAGGUUUAAGUUAAAAAGUGUAUCCUUUACAAUGGAUAUUUAACACUGUUUUUAUGCUGCUCAUCUGCCCAUAAACUGUGCCUGUUUAAGAGAAAGCUUUACAGCAAUCAGAUUACACGCAUAUAAUCAUUUUCUGCUAAUUAGGUUUUUUUGGAAAGGCUUGUCUUUAUGCUGCGUGUAAUGGCUUCUGUACUCAGCUUCCAGCUUGAGCUUCAGGGUGAAUGACUUUUCUGCCGAAGAUGAAGUGAAUUGUUAGUGCCUGAUGACCAAAGAAAUAGUUACCCAUUUGUGAUUUACUCUACUCUGGUUACUGUAGUUUUCUUGUCGGGCAGCACAGCCAUCAGUCAUGAGAACAAGUGACAGAAUUCCUGGUUUACUAGGUUUACUAGGGAAUAAAAGCACAGUCACAUUCUUCUUCUCAUUCAUACAUUAAUUCACUUCUUACUUUGCUGGCUAGUUUCAACCACUGUGGCUAACUUGAUUAAUAUGAGUUUACAUCAUCUUCCAUCACUUAAUUUUCGGCCAGAAUUUGAUAUUGAAUGAGUGGUUAAAGGUUAAUUAGGACCUUCUUGUACUGCAGAUCUGUCAUAAUUUUGCAUCUCUCUGAAAUAGGCUAUGUUGUAAUUUUUUGUUUCAGUUUCCAAUAAUGUGUGUAAAAUGUGCUACAAAGAACCAAAUUUGGUUCAUGGCAGGCCUUAGUUAUUUACUGUCACUAAUAACAGAAAAUUAUAAAUUAAAACUUCAGAACUAUGA